AUGGCCUCUGAGAAAUUAGCAGAGCUGGAUAGGCUUUCCCCGGAUCCAGGAUUGGCAUCCUUACAGGGUCAACCAAUCUCUCUAGUCUCAAGUAUGGAGAGCUUUGAGGAGGCAGAGGCGAUACACUCAGUCUCCUCGGCAUCCCCCAUCCGUCCUAUAAAGUCUCUAACCAGACUAAGAACAGAUGGGUUGAAGCCCAGGAACGCUCCAUCAGUUGCUUGCAGGAGAAUGGCUAAUAUACCGCCCGUCACCUUGGGCGAUAAAUUUAGUAAUUUUUCUUCUGAUUGUGCCUUGAAAAGUGAAGUUUUCAAUGGUACUAUAGAGGACUCCGAAUCAGUUGACAAAUUUACUAAUCAAUGGGCCAAAGAAUUUAGUUCUGAUUGUGCCCUGAAAAGUGAAGUUUUCAAUGGUACUGCAGAGGACUCUGAAUCAGUUGAUAAUCCGAGCUCCCCAAAGCAAAAGCUUGGCUCAAAAUGGAGGGAAUAUGCAGGGUGUAAUGGCUGGAAUGGGCUGCUAGACCCAUUGGACGCCAAUUUAAGGCGAGAAAUCAUCAAAUAUGGAGAGUUUGUUCAGGCAACUUAUAGUGCCUGUGAUUUCGACCCACAAUCACAAAGCUAUGGUUACUGCAAGUACCAGAAAAAAUCGCUGCUGAGUAAGGUGGGACUCCAGAACUCUGGUUGCACAGUCACUCGCCACGUCUACGCCACGUCAGGCGUCCAAGUUCCGCCAUGGGUAUCUACAAUGCUAUCCAAACGAGAUGCAACUUGGCUGGCGAGGCAAACAAGCUGGGUGGGAUUUGUUGCAGUGUGCGAGGAUGAAAAGGAAAUUGCAAGGCUUGGGCGAAGAGACAUCGUGGUGGCAUUCAGAGGAACAGUCACCCCUCUCGAAUGGGUCGAGAAUCUCCGAGACAUUUGGACACCUGUAGCAAAUGCUCGGACGACGUGUCACCCCUCUUGUGUCGAUGUGGACUGUGAUGCCAGGGUCCAAAGUGGGUUUUGGAAUCUGUAUACUUGUGAGGACCCGCAUGGACGGAGCGUUUCGAGUGACGUGUUAGGUGAAAUUCAGAGGCUUUUGGAAAAGUUCGAGGGAGAAGAAGUGAGUAUCACAAUCACAGGCCAUAGCCUUGGUGCUGCACUUGCUCUGUUGACCGCCUACCAGAUUGGCGGGACUUUUAAGUCCCGGAAUUCAAUUCCGGUGACAGUUUUUUCGUUCGGCGGGCCGCGGGUGGGGAAUCGAGCUUUUGGGGAGAAAAUGGAUGAGAUGGGAGUUAAAGUGCUAAGAGUUGUUAACACGCAGGACGUUGUGACUAAGGUUCCGGGCGUUUUGGAACGAAUGGGGCAGUCUUACUGUCACGUUGGAAGGGAGCUCAGGGUGAACAAUAAGAAUUCUCCGUAUUUGAAGCCCGAUGCCGAUAUGGCCUGCUGUCAUGAUCUUGAAGCUUAUCUCCACCUUGUUGAUGGUUUUCUCAGCUCUUCUAUUCCGUUCCGUUCGACUGCGAAGAGAGAUAUUCUUCGAUUGCUUGUCAAUCAAAAAUCCAACGUCCUGCUCACAGCUGCCAAGAGUGGUUAUCACCAUAAUGGAGCGAAUUUUGUCUAG